UCAACUUUCAACACACACACAGAGACACACAUAUCUGUCUCUCUACACUACAAAGUGUAAGCUUGCAUAGACACAAAGAUGAGCAGAGAUUCCACGAGGGCUUCAAAGAAGAAGGUUUCAUGCAGAAGGCUUGGAGGGUACCUCAAAGAGCAAAAAGGAAGACUAUACAUAAUCAGAAGAUGUGUAGUCAUGCUACUCUGCUGGCAUGACUAGAUACAAACAUUCUCAAAAGUUUAACGUUUUUCUUUGCUCAUACCAUGGAUCAGCACACACCAGAUUCCUCAAAGCCAUGGUCAAGGAUCAAAGUUCAAGCAUGCAG